AUGGAGAAAAAUGAGGUCUUUUUCACUUCAAAUCGUCUUGGUAAUACUUCCACGGCUGACCAGUAUACGGAGAUCAGCAAGAUCGAUCUCUCAACCGGAGAUGUGACUAUUGUAAACCCGAAACCACCAAUUCUCCUUGCUAAUGGUGGUACAUAUCACGACGGAAAAGUCAUCAUUUGCUCUCAAGGUCAACGAGACAUUGGUGGGUCUAUUGUCUCUCUCGAUCCUUAUUCCAAUGAAGCUACCACUGUCGUCGAUAAUUUUUUUGGUCUCAAGUUCAAUAGCCCAAAUGACAUCGUUAUUUCAAAAGAUGGUAGCUAUUGGUUCACGGAUCCCAGUUACGGUUACGAACAGAAAUUUCGUGAUUCACCACAACUUGGAGAAUAUGUUUAUCGUUUCGAUCCUUUCAUCAAAAACAUUCGUGUGAUAGCAGAUGGCUUUGUGAAACCAAAUGGUAUCGCAUUCUCUCCAGACGAAAAGACGCUAUACAUAACCGAUACCGGUUUCUUUACAAGCUCCGGAGAAUAUGAUCCGAUGAGGCCGCACGUGAUUUAUGCGUUUGACGUAAAUAGCGAUAAAAAUUUGUCUAAUCGACGUGUAUUUGCUGUAACCGACGUUGGUAUUCCUGAUGGGAUAAAACUUGAUGUCAAAGGUAAUGUGUACACUGGCACUGGUGAUGGCGUUCAGGUAUUUGACAGUUCCGGAACCUUGUUGGGAAAGAUAAUAAUACCGAAUAGUGUGGCCAACUUUGUUUUCGCCAAGAAUACCUUGGUAAUACUAUGGGAAACUACCAUAUAUGAGGUAAACUUGCUGAUAGAGGGUGCCCUCAAGUAA